AUCCCACCUUAAAUAGCCCCAGGAAGGGAUCUAGGGCAGCGCAGUUAACACCAUGGGAGCGCUCUGAGCUGGCACACUGUCCAACACACUCCUGGAUGUGCUACACACACAGGAGGAGCAGGGAGAGGACUUUUCGGAACUUAUCUAGAGAGGAUCCUUGGACUAUAGCUGAAAAGUUUUUGGUCCAGGAUGAACUUUGCCGCCCAGUUCAUCUACGCCAACUACGCCGGUGAUGGAUCGCCCAGCAGAGUGGGAUUCAACGACAGUGAGAAUGACCCCUUCUGGCAGAGCGAGGAGCAGCGUCUUGGGCCAACUAAACAGGGCUGCUCCACCUCCUCCAAGAGUACCUGCAACAAGGACGCCCCCAUCUGUAACGGGGUUGCGGGCUGGCGGCCCACCCUCAUCCACCCAGAGCGCCUGAAGGACUUUGGUAUUGAGGAGGAGUGCCUCAAUGGGGAAGUCAAAACGUUUGAGACCAAGGUGGUGGGCGCCCCUGAGAUCCAGCUAAUGGACCCACCCAAGACUAACAAGAAGAGAGGCAGCGAGCGCAAAGCAGUCCCACCACCCAAGCCUGAGUACCUCCGCUUCGAGGACAUCAGUGCUGCAGCCUUCAAAAUCCAGUCAGUGAUGCAGAAGACCCCUUGUACGUACUCCAGACUGUCCAAACAGUAUGGCAUGGAGAUCUUCCUAAAGAAGGAGCACCUCCACUACACAGGCUCCGUAAAGGAGAGAGGUGUUUUAUACCUACUCAGCUCCCUCAACCAGGAGCAGCAGAAGAAGGGGGUGAUCGUAGCUAAAGACUGUAGCUUCUCCAUGGCCGUGGCUCACCAUGCGGUGGAGUUGAGGAUCCCAGUAUUUGUCAUCAUGCCAGCCAGCUGUGCCCAGCCCCACCUCAGGAUAUACCGAGACUACGGUGCAAUGGUCAUCUCCUACGGUAGUACCGCCAGGGACUCCCUGAACCACGCACGCCACCUGGCCAAGGAGAACGGAUACCUCUGCCUGGAAGAGGAUGAUAGUGCUGUGUACUUAGCAGGGCUGGGCACUGUAGGCAUGGAGAUCUAUGAGCAGGUGCCCAAACUAGAUGCAGUCAUUGUGCCCACAGGUGGGCAGUGUAGUCUACUGGUCAGCACAGCAGCAGCCAUCAAACACCUCAACUCACGCAUCACUGUCAUAGGAGUUGAACCAGAAGGAUUCCCGCUGCUACUACAGUCCCUCAAAACAGGCAGACCAGUAACUAGUGACCUUUACAGCAUCCCCAACAGGAAGCUUUAUGGAGAUCUAUUUGAGCACUCACUGGGGACCCACACCUUCCAGCUGGCUAAGACAUUUGUGGACAAAGUCAUUACUGUCAGAGAGGAGGACUCUCUGGUAGCCAUGCUGAGGUUCCAGGAGUUUGAACGCUCCACAGUGGACACAGAGGGAGCCAUGGGACUAGCGGCCAUCUUGGCUGGGCAACUACCAGAGCUAAAGGGCAAAAGGGUAGCUGUGGUGGUUAGCAGUGCUAACAUGGAGUUGGACCUGAUCAGACAGUGUGUUGACCGCGCCCUGGUUCUGGAUGACCGCGUCAGCACGUUUACAGUGCAGCUGGGGGACUUUCCGGGGGACAUGGCCAAGCUACUGGACAUGCUGGCAAGAGAGGACAUCAAGUUGUUGAAUAUUUGCCACCGGAGACACAGUGACAAAGGUGAUCUCUUCAAGGCCCAGGUGGAGUGUGUAGUGGAGACCAGGGAUAAGACACAGAGCACUCAGAUCCGCAGGAUACUGUCUGAGCGCUACCCCACACUACACUGGCUGGACCGGUGAUCAACACUUGUCAUGACUCGCAAUCUGACCAUCCACACACACAUGGACAAAGCAUGUACACGCAUGUGCAGUACUAGUUGAAAAUUUGGACACACCUACUCUUUCAAGGGUUUUUAUCUAUUUGUACUAUUUUCUACAUUGUAGAAUAAUAGCGAAGACAUAAAAACUAUGAAAUAACACAUGGAAUCAUGUAGUAAUCAAAAAAGUGUUGAGUGUUGAAUGCCAAGAGUGUGCAAAGCUGUCAUCAAGGCAAAGGGUGUUUACUUUGAAGAAUCUAAAAUCUAAAAUGUAUUUUGAUUUGUUUAACACUUUUUUGGUUACUACAUGAUUCCAUAUGUGUUAUUUCAUAGUUUUGAUGUCUUCACUAUUAUUCUACAAUGUAGAAAAUAGUAAAAAUAAAGAAAACCCUUGAAUGAGUAGGUGUGUCCAAACUUUUGACUUGUACUGUAUGUACGCACAUACACAUCACACCCACACUGAAACAGAAACAUUGAAUAUGUAUGAAUAUGUAUCCAAACUAACACAUAAUACAUGCAUUGAAAUCUUUGCUGCUGAGAGGAGAUAAAAUUAAAUACGGGAAUACAUGGCAUUUACUGCAUAUUUUGCACUGAUGAGAAAACAAUACUUUCACCGAAACACUUCUGUAAUUAGGGAGCUCAUGGGGUACUUUUAGGCAAGUAUCACGGACACAGAUUAAGCUCAGCUAGUCCUGGACUAAAAAUCUAUUUCAAUGGAGGUUCUCCAUUGAGCAUACUUUUUAGUCUAGAACUAGGCUUAAUCUGUGCCUCAGAAACAGGCCCGUUGAGUGUGAUAAUGAUUAACAUUAACAUUCCAGUGAGUCACGCCAGUGCAUAAGCUACUGUCCGACAUAGUCUACUCAUGGUUAGCCCCUAGUUAGGAGCUAGCGUUUUGAUGUGGUUUCUCCUUAAAAAACACUACUGUUCCAUUGAGAGAAAUAAUAACACAUUAAGUAUAAAGUAUUUUCAAUACACAUUGUUUUUGAAUUGUUGUACAUAUCUAUAUUUAUAACAACAGGGGUAGUGUCAAUCAUCACAAAUAUGUUCUGGAAAUAAAAGAUGAUAAUAAUGAUGUAUUCAACCAUUUGUCUUCGUAAUUUUUAUAUCCAGUUCAGAUGAGAUAGAAUCAGGUAAGGUCAGCCAAUAGGAUCAACUGCACAACACGUUAUUCAUAGCUGUGUUAGAGCAUCUGCUUACCAUCUACUCAUCAAUGAAUUAGAUUGUGGGAACUAAAGAAAGUGGGCCAAAGGUUCCUUGUAUAGAAUCAGACCUGAUCCUCUUACUCCCACUCCCUGUUGAGAGAGGAUGAGAGAGAGAGAUCUUGAAAUUAAAGUUACCUCAUAGUUCAGAAGAUGACAUCUCGUUGAUUUAAUGAUUGGAGACAGCGCCAGAGGAGAGAUGGGUUGAUUAAGACAGGCUAAUUCCUAAAUUCGUUAGCAGAGGACAUUCUAACCCCGCUGUGCUACUUUGGCCUGGUCAGUACUAAGAAACUGUUUUUCACACACAACAGUGUCUAGGGUUUACCUAGAAAGGUGCAACAAACAAAAAACAUCCAGUCAGCAGUAGUCCUGUGGGCGAAAACAGCUCGUUGAUGAGAGGUCGAAGCAGAAUUGCAAGAAUCGUGCUAGCUAACAGGCGGGCCACAAAUAGGCAAAUAACGGCGCAUUACAACAGUGGUGUGCAGAACAACAUCUCGGAAUGCAGAACUCGUCAGUCCUUGUCACAGAUGGGCUAUUGCAGCAGAACACACCGGGUUCCACUCCUAUCAGCGAAAAACAAGAAGAAGCCGUCAGGGAUUUUAGAACUACUUCAGAUAAGGUGUGUGUUUCGUGUAGGCUUACCCUGGCGUGACCGCGCAAAUCUCUCUUGGACAAGGUAACUUUUAUCAAUAUAUUCGCCUGUAAUUAUCCCCCCCAAAAUGAAAUGCCAAUUAGCUACUAAUGUGGCUAUCAUACAGAAAUGCACAUCCUGUUGCAAGCUCUAAUGUCAUCCCUCAAGGUACAUUUCUCCAUGCAAACUCU